CUGAGCUGACUAACUAACUGCAGGGAUUUCAUUUUAAUUUUAUUUAAACUUUGAAUUCAUUACAUAAUUAGUAAUAAUAAUUUAUUACAAAGUCGAUCCUUGUUUUUAAUUUGUGUUGAGUUGAAUAUUUUAAGACGGUAGGAUGGCAGCUAAUCGGGAAGAAAAGCAAUUGGAGAUGGCGACGGAAGUGAUGCUUCAGCGUAUCAACGAAAUGAAAUUGUCAUUAAAUUCACUUAUGUGGAAGUUGGACAACGACCACCAAAAUAUCACUUUUCCAGACUUCUUGGACGCGUUUUCAGUAAUUUCAGGACAGAUGAACACGUUGAUGAGACUGCUGCGAUCGGACAAGGUACCCAUGUUGAAGGGCCUUACCGUCCUUCCACUUUCGCUCAGCCAAGAUCCUGACCAAGCUUUAAUGGCGACGACGGAUGCCAGACUUCCCUGUUUUAACCAUGAGGUCGUACCAGAUUAUCUGCGUACCAAGCCUGUUCCUGACGCAGAAUUUAAGCAUAAUGCAGUCGAAGCACGAGCCAGUGUUGUCAACCAAGACACGGUUACAAAGCAAACCGCGGCAAUGAAUAAGAUGGCGAGCCACGUUCUGGACAUUAUCAACACAGCCAGGGAUGACUGGGAAGCGGCGGAACGAAGUGGCCCUCCUCCAACGUUUUCAAACGGGGACACACAAGAGUUGGUCACGGCCUUGGCGACUGGACGAGCUUUCAAAAUCGUACCUGUGCCUCAACUAUCACGACAAACAUCCACGCCCACUUCAACCACAUCUCCGGCUGCUCCUAAAGGCCCUGGACCUAUCAAGACCAACAUAAAAACUAAGAAAAGAUGAACACCUACCUUAUUCUAUAGUGUCGCUGCUUCUCCAGUUUGUUAUGCGUACUUUACGUAGAUGAGCGCAGUCAAUCAAUUGGUGACCAACUCAUUCGGCCAGAGGUUGAAGGGGGUUAGUAAAUAUUCUUAGUAUAUAUUUUCAAUAUCUUCUUCAUUUUGCACUUACUGUAUUAGUUUUAACAAAGUAUUUAGUUGUACACAAUAGUGAACGACAUUAUAUUGAAAUUUGUAACUUUGUACAUAAAUAUGAGGAUUCAAACUAAUCUUAAAUAAGUAUCAGCCAUAAGUUUCUCCUCCUUAAUCGUCAGUCCAGGUCGAAUACCAAUGAUGAACUUCAGAGUCUGGUUUACAUGCAUCUUUGCAUUCAGCUUCCGUAUGAAAUCCACCGGCACUUUUACACCCAUGAUACGUAGAUUGGGAACAUUUUCUAUUCUUGAAAAACCAUUCCGUAAAAUUUAUGUCGCAGUGGACAUUAGGAGGAUGAAUUGGAUGACCAGCGUGAGAAACUAUGCUAACAUCACACUGUGCUGAAAUUAAUUUUUAACAUUUAGUUCGAAUUGUAAAUUGUCCUAAUAGUUAAAUAAUAUACAUAUACCAUUACCAACCUGGCAAGUGAGACCUCCAUGCUGAUAAGAACGGGGAGCAAGAAGCACAUACGAUUAAAACGCACAAGAAUGUAACUUCAAACACACAAGAUUUUCUUGUACUGUGAGCCAUUUUAGAAAUUUUAAAUGAAGUUUAUGGAGUACUUGAAAUGGUGAAUUUGUACUUGCUUUGAAAGCCAACAAGAUGGAUCUAAUUCUUCCCAGCCUUUUAUAAGAGAGAGACCAAGAUGUGAUUCAAUACGUGUGAUUUCUUCAAGUAAUUCAUGCCUCACGUCAUGUAACGUCAUUUCAGACAAAUAUUAUUGACCAUCAUCAUCAUCUUGUGAGUUUAUACAUAGUUCUACUGAUAAAAUAAUAAUUUCCGAUGCAGUAAAAAAUAAAUGUUCGUGACCCCUGUCACAUAUGUAUAUUUCAUACAUUAAAA